UUCCUCAUCAUGAAGAGCGCCGUCGGUCUUAGCCUGCUGAGCAGUGCACUGGCAUCUUCGAACAACAUUAACCAUAUACCCCAAAAGCCAUUCCUUGACAAUGCAUGCCCCUCAAAUUCUAUUCUUCACGAUGGAGAAUGUCUGCCUACGAGUUAUGCUAUUCCGUCCACUACAGAAAGCAUUUCCUUUCAAGAAAACGGCACACUUUCGCUCGAUGAAUCGCGGGCGUUGGCCCAACAAGCCGACGACUUCCCUUGGACAUUCUGGCCAGAAUGCUACUCCAGCGAGACAACCCCAGAGCCCGUCUGCGUCUUCACAUCUCAAGACUUUGCCAACGGACGUGGAAUCUUCAUAGUAUCGACAAGUAAACACGCACACGAAAUGCUCAAAAAACCCGCCUUCACCGACCCAAAUGCCCUCUCCCGCAUCAACAAGCACGAAAACCCUCCUUUCAUCCAAUACGAGUUCCCCGGAAAGGGUCGUGGCCUCGUCGCAAACAAAACCCUCAACCGUGGCGACCAAAUCUUCGCCUCAACUCCACUCCUGAUCACGAACCCCAUGUCCUACGAACUGCUCGAAUCCGAGCGUCUCCGCCUCGCCCACCGCGGCGUCUCCUCUCUCCCCCCAACCUCUCGAUCCAGCUUCUGGGCCCUACUAGACCACUUCAAAGGCGACCCAGUCGACGACCGCAUCAACACCAACGCCUUCGAAAUCGAAAUCGACGGCGUCUCACAAUACGGCGUGCUCCCUGAAAUCGCAAUGCUCAACCACGACUGCCGCCCCAACGCAGCCUACUUCUGGGACGAAGAAACCCUCUCGCACUACGUCCACGCCACCGAAACCAUCCUGCCAGGCCAGGAAAUCACAAUCACGUACAUCAACAACGAACGCAGCCGCGACAAACGCGUGACGAACCUCAAAUCGAACUGGGGGUUUGAAUGCUCCUGCUCAGCAUGCAGCGCGCACCCUUUCUUCGUCGCCGAAUCAGAUGCCCGCGUCGAGCAGAUGAGUCAGUUGGCUGCGCUGCUUGACGACUGGACUCCUGCAUCCCGUGCUACGCCGGAGAUGGGCGAGGCGCUUCUUUCGCUGUACCAGCAGGAGAGGCUGCAUGCUAGUAUGGGCGUUGCGUAUAAGCAUGCUGCAGAGGUGUAUAGCAGUUUUGCGGAUCGCGAUAUGGCGAUCAAGUAUGCGCGGUUGGCGGUCGAGUAUUCGGCGCUGGAUAAGGGGUUUAGGGAUAGUGAUGUUAAGGCGAUGCAGAGUAUGGCCAAGGAUCCAACCAUGUCUUGGAGCUGGAAGAAGAGAGUUGGACAUCAGAGGGUCGGUGGGGGGUGUGGACAUGCUCACUGAGAUGGAGCGAAGGUUGCGUUGAGAUGAAAAUGGCGUUUUUAGGGUUUCGCGGCUUUUGCUUUUGCUGUGUCUAGCUCUUAGUUCAGGAGGCGUUUUGGAUUGAGUUUUUGGUUGCUUGGGGGGGUUUUCUUUUUUUGAUGCUGGUUGGCGAGACUCGCUCGCUAUUUGCUUUUCCUACAUACCCCGACAUUCAUAUUUGUGUAUCUAUAUAUCCACCACUACUAGAUGUAGCAUCGAAAUUUUGUUCCAAUAUUUCGUCUUCGUUCCUCGUAGCCUUGUAUAUGACAUCGGGGUAGAGGAUUAAUGUUAUCGCAGAAAACGGUUGCAAACCAAAACGUCCGAGUGAGUUUGUGUUUGAGAAGGUGACGAGGAAACGCCGGCGUUGGAAUAAAGUGAUCUUGGGAUUGAAAAUUGAGUUUUCCCCGAAUUCAUCUGGUGUGGAAAUGCUAUGGGAAUGCUGAGUUGAUAUAUUGGUGUUUUGC